AUGGCUGAGUACAAAUACACAACCCUCGGGAAGCGGGAGUUCCGUCUCCUCUCUCUCGCACCAGGUCGCUUCGACGACGCCCUCCAAGGCGACCUCCUCACCCGCCCCAUCGACACCUAUGUCGAAGAGGCAAGCAAACAUGAGCACGAGCUGCCCGAAUCAGCCGAAUCAUAUGAAGCCAUCUCCUACGUCUGGGGCUCCAACGAGAAACCCCACCAUAUCACCACCUCUGCCGGCGCAAAGAUCCCCAUCACGGAAAGCUUGUACCUCUGCCUCAAGCGCGUGCGCCUUGAAGACCGCGCCCGCCUCGUCUGGGCAGAUGCGCUGUGCAUCAACCAGGCCGACGGCAAGGAGAAGGAGACGCAGAUCAUGCUCAUGCACGACAUCUAUCUCAGCGCGCAGCAAGUGCUCGCCUACCUCGGUGAAGAGGCUGACGGCAGCAGCGAGGCGAUGGAGCUUAUCGAGCGGUACUGGCGUGUUCACAUCCCCGACCCGCUGAAUGCCGGCGCGCGCGCGUUCGCAGAGGACCUUUUGGGUGCACCGAUCCCCGAUGCGCCGACGGGUGCUGGUGCGGAGCUGCCUCCUGUGGGCGCCGACAAGUGGUUGAGCGUCUCACGGUUCUGGAAUCGCGCGUGGUUCCGCAGGGUGUGGAUUGUGCAGGAGUUUAUCCUGGCUCGAGACGUUAUGAUGAUGUGUGGUGAGAAGACGGUGAACUGGUCGCAGCUGUGGCCGGGGACGAUUGCGCUCGAGGAGCCGGAGAACCCGCCCUGGCCUUUGGUGGAUGCCAAGGGGGAGGAGAUUGAGAGCGCGGCGGAGUUGAUGGCGAACAUGGCCCAGAGGUUGCGGUUCUAUCAGCUUGGAGCUAUGAGAGGGAACACAAGGUCUCAUGAGCAUGAAGGGGGGCACGAGCAUGGUGGUGGAUGUUGUGGUGGGGAUGGGCAUGAUGAGGAUGAUGAUCACCACGGUCACGAUCAUGAACAUGAACAUGGCGAUGAUUGCGAUCACGACCACGACCACGAAGAGGGAGCCGAAGGCGACGAAGACGGAUGGGAGUCAGAAGAUGACGACGAAGACGACGGCGGAAAGCGCUCAACAGACCUCCUCAACCUCCUCAUGUCCUUCCGCGAAGUCGACGCAACGGACCCGCGCGACCUCUACUUUGCGCUUCUCGGUCUCGCCCUCGACGGCGACAGAGAAGAGUUCCGCCCGGAUUACUCCGCCACCUUCGAGCAGACGGCCCUCCGCUUCGGCCGCACACUCCUCCACGAGCCCUUCAGCGAAGAACUCCUCGACCACGCCGGCAUUGCAGAGAAGCACAACGGUGCGGCGCAAACUUUCCCGUCUUGGCUGCCUGACUUCCGCCGACCCUGGCGGCGUAUGACGGUCGCGGACGCGGCUGAGUCCGAGGCCGCGGGCGAGACGGACUUUGAUUUCGGGUUUGAUCCGAACGCCGAGGAGGAUGAGUUGCUUCUCAAGGGUAUCAAGGUCGAUACGAUUGAGCACAUGAGUGGCGUGCCGCGCGCGGCGCAUUUGCAUGCUGACCACCCGUCCCUGUGGGUGAAGCGCGACAUGGUGACGCUCUCUCAGCUGUUGUCCAACAUCCCCGGCUUCGAGGACUCAAAGUAUCCGACAGGCGAGAGCGGCCUCGAAGCCAUCCUCCGCGCGCUGACUUUCUUCCGCACCGAGGGGGAGGGAAGCGAAGAGGACGAGAUCCCGGCCACGACGCUGAAGCUGGCAUGGCGCUUCUGCACCGCCGUCGAGGAGGACGACCUCGACGCCGCGCGGCCGGAGCGGGAUAUCCUGCGAAAGGAGAUCAUAAUGUCUGGUUGCACCGCGGAGGAAGCCAACGAGGCUCUGGAGGCGGCGGCGCAGGUGCUGAUUAACCGCAUCUUCCCGAUGCGUGCGGCGCUGGAUUUGGUGUUGGCCAAGGGUGGCAAGUAUGUUGCCAUGGUACCGGAGGGGAGCGAGGCGGGCGACGAGGUGUGGGUUAUGAAGGGGUGUAACGCGCCGUUUGUGUUGAGGAAGAGUGGUGAGAGGGAGGGGAUGAGGAGGAUUGUGGGUGCGGCGUACGUGUAUGGUAUCAUGAACGGGGAGGCCGUUGAAGGGGUUGAAGAGUUUGAGGCUGUUUCUAUUCAUUGA